AUGGUCGAUCCCAGUGAGCCUAGGCCGCUUACGUCGGCAUUUGAAAGUCCGACUUUUGGAGAGGAUAGUUCUUUCCAUGUGGAGCAGCCCGUGGGUUCCAUGUCGAUAUCGCCAUGUGGACGAGACGUAGUUCUGGCUUCAAAGGAGGGUCUUCAUGUCAUCGAUUUAGAUUCGCCGUAUUCACCGCCUCGAUAUCUUCCUCAUCAUACACCAUGGGAGGUCGCGGAUGUUCAGUGGUCACCGUUCGCUGCUCGAGAUUAUUGGGUUGUCAGCACAUCGAACCAGAAAGCAUUGGUGUGGAACUUAGCAACGAAGUCCUGCCAGAACUCAAUUGAGCAUGUUCUGCACGCUCACACUCGCGCAAUAACGGAUAUUAACUUCUCCGCUCAUCACCCCGACACCUUAGCGACUUGUGCUGUGGACAGCUUUGUCCAUUGCUGGGAUUUGCGAUCCCCUUCUCGACCUGCCAUCUCGUUCUCAGAUUGGUUUGCCGGUGCAACUCAAGUUAAAUGGAACAGACAGGAUCCCAAUGUCAUCGCCAGUUCCCAUGAUAGGUUUCUAAGGAUAUGGGAUAAGAGAAAAGGCGCCUAUCCAAUUCGGUCCAUCGAGGCUCAUGAUACCAAGAUCUAUGGCGUUGAUUGGAAUAGAGUUCGCCCAGGAGCGGUGACGACAUGCGCUUUAGAUAAGACGAUCAAGUUUUGGGAUUAUACCGUGGAAGGUGAAGAGCCGGAAAAGAUAAUUAGAACGCCUUUCCCGGUUUGGCGCGCCAGGAACACCCCAUUUGGAUGGGGUGUUUUAGCAAUGCCGCAGAGAGGCAAUAGCGAUCUUCAUCUAUAUAGUCGCCGGGCUGGGGAAGGUGAAGAUCCCGUCAAAGACCUUCCUCUAGUGCAUAGCUUCCCAGGGCAUAAGGGUCAGGUUAAGGAAUUCCUUUGGAGAGCACGUGGAGGCGUGGUCGAUGGAACUGACCACAGGGAUUUCCAGCUAGUAUCGUGGGGGACUGACAGGGAACUUCGUCUGCAUAGAGCUGAUCCGGAUGUCAUGCGUGGCGUCGGCUACGAGAAGGGAAAGUCAUUUAUAUCCAACAUAAACAUCACCCGCAAUGGUGCCGUCUACAAGAGCUUCCGUGAUGAAGAUGGCAGCCGAGGCCAUGAUGAUACAGAUUCUCUAUCCGCAUUCCAGGAGUCUGUCUCCAGCUCAUCCCGUGCCUUGGGAUUGAACACUAUAUCAGUGCCGUACGCUCGGCCGUGGACUCAGUGCGGUAACACGGAUUCUAGAAUCGGUAUGCAAGGCAGAAGUAAUCUCCGGACCGAUACGAACCCCAUAUCCUGGAUGCGAGGCGUGAAAAUAUCGGGUUGGGAUGUCGAAACUCUAGGUGACGAAAUUACGCAUGUGGGAGAGAAGUUCACUAAGGUCGAUUUUGACUCUGUGGACGUUAGGCAGCGGAAGGCAACUAUAUCUUUGCAUGGACCUUGGGGGACGGAAGGUGAUUCGCUUUUCUUGAAAGUGGACAUAAAGUUCCCUGCCGACUACCCAAGGACUGCAAUGCCAACGUUCAGUGUACAGAAAACAUCGGCUGUCACAGAUGAACUUGCCGACAAGCUUGUUGCAGAAUUGCGUACUAUUGCAGAAACUUUCCUCUCUCAUAAAAGAGGCUGCCUUGAAGGUGUUGUUCGCUAUUUAUUAGGUGAAACCAGCUUGGAAGAAAGCAUAGCCUGGAUUUUGGGCGAAACAACCGAGACCGUCAAAUCGCCCAUGAGCGGCCAGUUAGAGACGGGAGAGUCAAGCGACGAAGAUGAAGUAGGAUUGUCUCAGAGUCAAGAGUUGGGGAUGAGUUCUGAGCUGCUACGGCCAGUCAAUGCUAAUGUAAUGGUACCUGUGGCUAAGGCAUGUGGUGCUCUUUGGGCCAAUGAUGGUCGCUUAGUCUGCUUUUUCCCUACUAAAAAGGACAAGUCGGCGUCUCUGUUGGAGAACCUAGGUUUCAAGGAAAUGACGCGGCUUUCGAGGGCAGACAAAGUUUUUGAGGGAUUCGGCCGUCUGCAAACGAGUUCGCCUGGGCCACGGGCUUCAGGUACAAUGGCGAGCACCGAUGAUGGUACAUCUGAUUACUCUGAUGACUCGGACGCGGAGACCUCCAGCUCUUCUGGAUCUUCUGGUAUCCUAUCAACCUUGCAACACCGAUUUCCAACACCGCAAACAUGGCGCAGUGCUGGUAGUCUUGGGCUCUAUAAGCCGCGGUCCACAGACAAUUCUCAGAGGUCAACUGUUGGUAUGAUGACAUCUAAAGUGUCUGAAAAUCCACAGAACAUUGUGUCUAUUCAUGAUUUUACUGAGUUGCUGCCAGCAAAACGCGAACUGGCAAACAAAUACCGCAUCUGCGGUAAAGGUACCGAUGUAUGUGCUCACAAUGCUGCGGUUGCUCUCGAUCAUGGCUUCUAUGAGCUAGCUCGAAUAUGGGGACUCGUCAAAUUGGUCUUGCACAAUAAUAAAAAGUCUAUCCCGACAUCUGGCCUGGACACGGGUGAAAGACCCCAGCAUAUGCAGAGAAAAGACAGUGCCGUGGAUCUGAGUUAUGAUCUGGGAAAUCAAGAUCAGCAUUCAAAAGAUACUGCCAAUAGCGUGGUACAAUGGGGAGACCACCCCUUCGGCGGACAAUGGCUUGUCCCUGCCCUCUUCGAACAUUUUGAACGGGUCGGUGACGUACAGAUGGUUGCAAUGCUCAGUUGUGUUCUGCAUGAAUCAGAUCAUGAGAAGUACUCGCCGAACGAGGAGUAUCGUCCCAGCAAAACAGUAUCAAAAAGGGUAGACGAUCAGCCCUUAUCGUUAAAUAAUUACUCUGCCCAUGCAGCCUCGCAUAAUAAAUUUCACACCACAACUCCACUGGGAUCUACACCGAAGGACAGCCAUACUACACCCAUCACGCAGAGCUCUGGACGAUCGUCUUCUGAAAUUUGGCGUCCUGACUCAACUCCUCCCUAUUCCACUGGCACAACUCCUCCGUUAGCAUCGCGUACUGCAGGAUUUGCAGCAGAGAGGAAGGCUAUGAGCCAUACUGCCUCCAUAGCUGCCUCGCCUGACCAACAAUCUCAGCCGCGUAGUGCAUCAGGCCUUGGUUCUGUUCUUGCUUCUUCCCUUUCCCGAUCUUUCACUUUUGGUCCCUCAUCAGCCUCACCACCAGCCAGUGCGUUGUCUCGAAAAAAACAAAGCCCUGGCGGCAGCCCUAACACGGCCGGGGGGAUAUGGCCUACGAGUACUUUAAUAUCCAAACCUGUGUCAGCAGUUCCUGAUUACCUCACCACAUCCACUGCUCCUACCUCUCAAACACAUUCUGAUACCGAGAGUGAAAGACCGGAAAAGACACAAGCCUCGAAGCCACGAGCGAAGCCACGAGUGACGUUGAAAAACCGCGACGCUUUUGAGGGUGACGGCCUCACACAAAAUACAUUCAUCGAAAGCAAGAAGGACGGAUUGUAUCGAUCAUACCGAGAGGCAUACGCCCAUUUGCUAUCAAUCUGGGGCCUACCUAUACAGCGCAGUGAAGUCUUGAAAGUUGGGGGAGCUAAUAACCGCUCCAGUGAUACGGACUUCCGUCAAUGGGGUUACAACAGUCCGAGGUCAUCGCUUUCACUGCCGACCCUCAGACAUAGAAGUUCGGUGAAUUCGACUUUGGAACCAGGUAACCAAGGGCUGGAAAUUCAACGACAUUGCAUUCGGUGUGGCCGCCCUCUGCAAAUGUCAAUAUUCAGUAGUGAACCUGCGACGGAGAUGGCAGCCAAACCCCAGAUGAAGGGAGAUUCUGCACCCACGAUCUGCCCAGGUUGCCACCCGAAACAACCUCUCCCCUCCAAACUCCCUUGCGUUAUAUGCGGGGAAGUGGUUGACGGAAUGCUCACGCCUUGUCUUAAUUGCGGCCACGUCAGUUGCUUUGAUUGCCAUCAGGGCUGGUUCUCUGGGUUAUCACCUGAGCUACAAGAUGACACGGCCAAUUGCGCUAUAGACAUACACGGCAAUGACCAGGAAUACCAGUAUUGUCCCACUGGAUGUGGCUGCAAAUGCUCGGAGCACAUCGUUACAAACAUUCCGAGGCCUUGGAGCCCAUCCUCGCCGACACCAGAUGGUGAGACUAGUCCUUUGACCCGAUCGCGGAAACAACCAGAUAUUUUAUCCAACGUUGGCCAGCACGAAGAUGAUCUCGAUCAAUGGCAUACAUCGCCAUUUGCCUCCCUUGCUCGGGGCCUGGGGGGUGGAUUGAGUAGGGGGUUACGCCCUAAAGAGGAUAGGCGAAAAUCUAAGUCAUCCAUUUCUGGAUUUGUACCAAAACGAAGUGCCAUGAAUCAAGUGGAAAGUACAUGGCAGUAA